AUGGAGGCGUUUUUCCCCGAAAACGUGAAAAGAGGAAGCCGGGAUUUUUUGGGGCUUGGUCCUUUCACGGUUCCGGGGAAAAACGCCCCGCUUUUUCCGGGCAGCCGAAGCAGACACCGGUCACGCGUGCUGCCUUCAUCACACCACACCUAGACAGCACCCACAACACCCCAAAAAGCUUCCCACGGCAAGUCGACCACCAUGGCUGAGCGCGGGAAGCGCCAGGAUCCCACAGACCCCGCAGCGCAACGCUGGGAGAAGCGCCGUCGACGAGCUAUCGACGAGGAGAAUGCAGCCCAGGAAGACAAGAGAUUCACGGUCCUGGGUCUCUGAGGGCCGUAGUAGUGGCGGCGGGCGUGGUGGCAGCAGGAGAAGCUCAUCGAGCCCACUGCCCUCAGGAACGGGAGCCCAUCUACGAGCCCAAGCGACUUCCGUGGGCCCAACACGAGGCAGACCUCGAUAAACGGCGCGGCUGGCGGCGGUCGUACCGCAUGGAGAAAGGCAGUUUCCACAAGCUCGUCGAGCUGCUCCGCCCUUCGCUCGAAGUCAACGCCUUCUUCGGCGGUGAGUGUUGAUGUGUAGAUGAUGCAGCCGCCCACGGCACGUAUGCG